AUGAGCGAAAUAUCAAGUUUGAUUAAGUUCCGUGGGCAGCUGAAGGCGUCCGUAACAAGAUUUUUAAAUUUUGUAACGAAAGAGAACGUAGACGUAAAUGAGGUACACGUAAGAAAAGAGAAAAUAGAAGGAAUCUGGAGCGAAUACGAGCGAAUCCAAUCUGCAAUAGAAGAGACGGAGGGCGUAGAGAUGAACGAACAAGAUAAAUAUCGAGAAGAGUUUGAAGAUAUGUUUUUUAAGGCAGUCGGAAUAGCCAAAAAAUUGACAGAACCAGUGGUCAAUAAAAAAGAAGCGCAACCAUAUCAUGGUAUUGAUGAAGAUAGAACGUGCGAACGGAAUGACCGGUCAAUAGAAAUGAUAAGCGAUAGUAAAAAUAAUGGUCGACAAAUAUCGCGUCCACCGAUAAGAUUAUCGGCGUUGAAUGUGCCAACGUUUUCGGGCGAAUAUAACGAGUGGGCAACAUUCCACGAUAUAUUUACAUCGUUAAUUCAUAAUAACGCGGAUUUAUCUCCAGUUGAAAAAUAUAGUAAUAAAAAAGUGCUGGUACAAACACAUGUAAAGUCAAUGUUUGAAUUAGAACCAGUCACAUCUGAAUCGUCGGCAAGAUUGCGACAGUUUACGGAUGCAUUAACCAGUCAUAUGAGCGCACUGGAAACACUAGGUCACAUGCCUAGCAAUUGGGGACCUUUACUAGUGCAUUUAAUUGUAACAAAAUUAGAUAAAAAUAGUAGGCGUGAGUGGGAGACAAAUGCACCUAAAGAAGAAGUAGCACCGGUCGAAGUAAUAAUUGAAUUUUUAGAAGCACGAUUUAAAAUAUUAGAAGCAAUCGAGACGUGCAAAAAUAUAAAUAAUCGACAGGGUGCGUACAAAUUUAAUAAUCAUAAUAAACAAUUUAAUGAAAGGUCGUCGUCACUAGUUAUAGGAAAUAAUAAAGGUUGUUAUAUUUGUCAAGCGCCACAUACCAUUUAUAAAUGUCCGAUAUUUAUCGCGUUACCGGUUACAGAAAGAAUAAAAAAAGUAGCCGAAAUGAAAUUAUGUAAAUUGUGUUUACGACAGCACGCCCCGAAAAAGUGUAAUAGUAAGAAUUGUUUUACUUGUUCGAAGCCUCAUAACACCAUGCUACAUUUAAGUAAUAAUUCAGAGUUAAGAAAGUCGGAAGCAGAAAAACCGUCUGAAGAUCAAGAAACAGCAUCAGCUAUCAGUGUACACGUAGCCGCUAACUCGAGCGACCAGGUAUUAUUGUCAACAGGGGAGGUGUGGGUUCAAAAUGAAAGUGGCGAAUCGCAAAUCGGGCGUGUAUUGUUAGAUUCAGGUUCACAGUGCAAUUUUAUAACCGAAAGUAUGGCACAAAUAUUAAAAUUAAAAAAGACGCGCGUACAACAUACCGUAUUGGGCAUUGGCGGGAAAAGUCAAUACGUGAAGGCGGCUGUUGUAGUGAAGAUUCGCUCACGCAUUAAUAAUUAUAAUUUAACGUGUUCCUGUUUAGUUGUGCCUAAAAUUACAAAUGCUUUACCAUCAGUAAAUAUUGGAGGGGUAUGCAUAGUACCCUCUAAUAUAGAAUUAGCGGAUACUUCAUUUAAAAUUCCAAAAAAAAUUGAUUUGUUAUUAGGCGCGUGUCACUUUUUUGAAAUAUUAUGCAAACAAAAGAUUAAACCGACAAUAAAUGGACCAAUAUUUCAGGAAACUCAAUUGGGCUGGGUUGUUUCCGGUUUAGUAACUUCGAAAUGUGCAGAUAACAAACAUAAUAAUAUAAAUUGUCAUACCGCGACGUUAGUAGAUGAAGACAGAAGUGCUAGGUUGGAAAUUAUGGUAUCAAAAUUUUGGCGUACUGAAGAGUUUGAGGCGGCAGUGCCAUAUACUAAGGAAGAGAAAAAAUGUGUUGAUCACUUCGAAAGUACGGUAAAUCGAAAGGAAAACGGUAGAUUUAUCGUACAUUUACCUUUAAAAAAUGACGCGAAUAUAAAAAUUGGACCGUCAUACGAAAUCGCGAAACGUCGAUUUUUAGCAUUAGAGCGCCGUUUGCAACAUGACGUAAAAUUAAAACAAGAUUAUACUACGUUUAUGAGGGAAUAUGAAACGUUAGGUCAUAUGGAGCUCGUAAAAAAUGAAGAAAAGUUUGGUGAAACGUGUUAUUUGCCGCACCAUGCGGUAAAAAAAUGA